CGGAACUCAUCCAACAUGUGUGUGUGUGUGCGCGCGCGCGCGCAAAUAAGCUGUUACAGAGAGAUUCGGGUUUGUUUUAAUGGGGAGAGCUCUCGAAAUAGGUUAUUAGGGGCCUCUCACUUUCGCGGAGCUACCGCUACUUAUUGCAAAAUUCAAAGCUCAAGAGUCUGCUUGCAGAGUUUGGAAGUGAAAAUAGUGAUGUCUGCUAUUCGGAAGCUGAAAUGGUGCUGGAGAGGUGUUUUAUUGCUUAAACAUAGAGCAAAAUCAGCUAUCGUCAAAAUCUCAGGUUGGAGGUUGGAUUGGCAGGCAAAAGGCACUCUAGAGAGAGGCAACCUGUUGUUGUGCUUCAAGAAACCUCGCGUUGCGGCUGUGAGAGAGAACAUAGAAAGAAGAUUGUGCGAGGCUGUUGAACUCUUGAAACUGAUAAAUAGCCAACUUGAGUAUUUAGGACACAGAUACAACUUAUGCCUGUUGAACCCUUCAAAGGUAUGGAAAAUGGUAACAUUUUGAAGCAGUUCCAGGGCCAUGUUGUUAGGCUUUCUUUCGGUUGUCAUGCCUUGUCUAUGUGUCGUUGAGUUGAGAUUUGAUUAAGUAAAUAGUGUACUGAGAGGUGUGCAGAUUUGAGAUGAAGCUGAUUGUCUUCACUGUGAUGAUUUUUCUCCCCUUUUCUUGAGCAAGUUGUUCUGUUCGUUUCCUCCCUUCCUACUCUUAGGGCAGAGGACAGGUAGGAGUUAGAGCACAGCAUUGUUGUCCUCCUGCAUGUGCCUCUUGGAUAGUUGGAUGCCAUGGAAAUGCUGCGACUGACCAAACACACUAGACAAGUUGCAAAACUAUGUUAAUUAUCUUGAUUUAUUCAUGGAAAAUUGCAAUAAUUAUUUUCUUAUAAAAAAAUAGAUAUACAGAUGGACACAUACCUGUGGAAAUUUCACUGUAUUUACUUCAAAAUUAAAACUUUAGAUGUCUCUAUUAACAUAGCAAAAUCAAAACUUGAAUCAUAUUUACAAAUAUCAAGACUAAUGAAACUAAUUCAAUAUAGAUGAAUCACCUUUUAGAAAAAUAGUGGCAGGGAAAUAAUCAAUAAUUAAUUAUCUGUGGAUGCGGCUGGGGAUAAAGGAAUGUUGUUGAAAGUAGAGCAUGAUGGUCCCGUUGCUGUGCACAUGACAUUAUCUUUUUGCAGGACCAAGAGAUUCAGAUUCCUACUGGCCGCAAAAAUAUCUGUGACCUAUUUAACACCAUGUCUACAUAUUCAGUAAAUUGAUGCCCUCUGGUGGGCUAAAAGGACAAGGUUCAUUUAUCUGCUUCAGCCAAGUUUGGUGGUUGGAUAAUCCAUUCAUGAAGCAAGGCUACAGUUAAAAAACCCAAGUGCCUGUUUAGGAAGUUGGAGCGGCAGCGGAGCAACCAUGCUCAACUGUUAUAGGCCGCGGAGCAAUCCAUGUUUCCAAACCAAAAGGGUUGAACUAGCGUUCCCAAAAUGUCAGGUGGUUAGGAAUUUGCAAUGUUCGCAGCCAAUAAGAGUUGAACUUGUCAUGCUGUUACAAAAAUUCAAGAUCCUUGAAUUUUGAUUUCACUUCGGCAAUUUGAGGCUAAACAAAUAACACUAUCAUUUCUUAAUGGAGCAAGAAAGCAGAGGAUACAAGAGUGAAAUCAAAGCGUGUGCGGCUUGAGGAAACCAAGACUCA